UCUCUCUCUCUCUCUCUCUCUCUCUUUCCUAAUGGCUAUGGUGAUGGACCAGCAACAACCAGAACAGCAGCAGCAGCAGCCACAGACCUACAAGCACUACUGCCGGAUCUGCAAGAAGGGCUUCGGCUGCGGUCGUGCCCUCGGUGGCCACAUGCGCGCCCAUGGGAUCAUCGACAACGCGAUGGGCGGCCAGGCCUACGCCGACGGCGACGCCUCCGGCUGCGGUGGCUCGGAUUGGGAAGACAAGCUGAACGGCUCGACGGACGCCGGCACCAAGCGGAUGUACGCGCUCCGCACCAAUCCCAACCGCCUCAAGAGCUGCCGCAUCUGCGAGAACUGCGGCAAGGAGUUCCUGUCGUGGAAGUCCUUCCUAGAGCACGGCAAGUGCAGCUCCGAUGAGGAGGGCGACGAGUCGCUGCUCCCGUCGCCGAGGUCCGAGGGGGAGGACGAUCUCGUCGGCCAGAAGGGAUGCGCCGGUUGGUCCAAGGGUAAGCGGUCUCGGCGGAAAGUGGUCUUGAGCGAAGAGGAAGACCUCGCGAACUGCUUGGUGAUGCUGUCCGCUGCCCGGGUCGAACCGGUGACCGUCACCGAGACCGAGGAGUCGUGCGCGUCCGCGAGCAAGGAGGAUGAUCACCGGCGGCAGCAAGCGUUCACGAUUGGGGCGGCGACGGACACGGCUAAGGCUCCUGCGUUUGCUGGACCACCUCUGCCGAGCGUUCCCAGGGGAACGUUCGAGUGCAAGGCCUGCAAGAAGGUGUUCAGCUCGCACCAAGCACUGGGUGGCCACAGGGCCAGCCACAAGAAGGUGAAAGGGUGUUUCGCCGCCAAGCUCGACGCCCUCGACGAGGCCUCGCCCGACGAAGAGGUCAUGACUCACGAUAAGUGCAGCAGCGAAAUGGUCGCGUCGAUGUCCAUGGCGAUCGUGCCGUUUGAGAACACGACUGGUCCCUUGGCCGUCGCCCCUCUCAAGAAGAAGUCCAAGGUGCACGAGUGCUCGAUAUGCCACCGCGUGUUCACGUCCGGGCAGGCAUUGGGCGGGCACAAGCGGUGCCACUGGAUCACGUCGAACUCGCCGGACCCCGGCCUGAAGCUCCACCCCAUGCCCGACCACACUAACCUCCAUCGCCAGCUAACGCUUAGAUCAAUGUACGAGGCUUCCAGCUCGGAGCCGCUCGAUCUCAAUAUGCCUGCGCCCGUCGACGACAUUGCCAGGACCAGGAGGGAUAUUGGGAGUUCACUGCGGCUCGAAAUGCCUGCAGCGAUCUACUUACGCUCAUGGAUCGAUCGUGGCAACACGACGAGUAAACACAGAGCCACCAGCAGCAGCGACAAGAACAAUGAGAACACAAACGUUCACAGCAAGGACAACAACACUGAGAUGUCUAGCUUCAAUGUCGAUGACGAAGCGGACAGGAAGGUGAAGCUAGCAAAGUUGAGUGAGCUCAAGGACGUCAACAUGGGAGGAGAGAGCUCUCCUUGGUUGCAGGUGGGAAUUGGUUCGUCGGCCACCGAGGGCAGUGAGGCAUGAUGAUAGUCUUUCGUUAUUGUUCCGACUUCACAGAAACAGAAAAGAGAAGGAAGAA